AAGCCGACCGAAUCUAAAAGACAGACAAAUUGGAAUCAUCAUCCCUCGUAACGAAAACGCUACCUUCUCUUCUCUUCUCUUCUCUUCUCUCUUCCCUUUUUCUUUCUCGGAAGAAAGAUCUUCCUCGUGUUCCUGGAAAUCAAUCAAUCGUCUUCGUUUAGUUAUCUCUGUUAUUAAUAGAAAGUACAAUAGAGGAGGGAUCAGAGAGCUUUUGGGGGCGUUGACAUGGGUCAAACUUUUCGCAAGCUUUUCGAUACUUUCUUUGGCAAUCAGGAAAUGAGGGUCGUUAUGCUGGGUCUGGAUGCGGCCGGCAAAACAACUAUACUCUACAAGCUCCACAUAGGAGAAGUUCUGUCCACUGUUCCCACAAUCGGUUUCAAUGUGGAGAAAGUCCAGUACAAGAAUGUGAUGUUCACAGUUUGGGAUGUUGGUGGCCAAGAAAAGCUCAGGCCCUUGUGGAGGCAUUACUUCAAUAAUACCGAUGGACUUAUAUACGUGGUAGAUUCCUUGGACCGUGAGAGAAUUGGUAAAGCUAAGCAAGAGUUUCAGGAGAUCAUAAAAGACCCAUUCAUGCUUAAUAGCGUCAUUCUAGUGUUUGCAAACAAACAAGACAUGAGAGGAGCCAUGUCUCCCCGAGAAGUAUGUGAAGGGCUUGGCUUAUUAGAUCUCAAGAACAGGAAAUGGCAUAUACAAGGCACAUGUGCUCUUCAAGGAGAUGGCCUCUAUGAAGGCUUAGACUGGUUAUCCUCUACGCUCAAAGAGGUUAGAGCAGCUGGUUUCUCAUCCGCUGGCCCCUUGUUUUAACCUACUUUUGUCCGCAUAUGACCAAAUCAAGCUCAUGGUGUCUCUCAAGUCUCUCCACCAUUAUAUACUUUUGUUCCAUAACCAAAGUCUUCUUCUUGGCCUCUGAAGACUUUUUGUGAAAGCCAAUGUUAUUAUCAAACUAUACUCACUGUUUGCAUGAUAUGACGCUUGGGCUUCAUUGUAUACACUGAUGAAAAAAAAUGUUUAAUAUGCAAAAUUAUCGUUAAUUGUCCC